CGAUGGGGGCGGCGCGGCCGCAGUGAGCCCGGCGGGGAGCGGAGCGGAGCGGAGCGGGCACGGAGCGGGGCCGAUGGCGUUCAGCGCCUGGCAGAUCCUCUCGCCGGUGCAGUGGGCCCGCUGGACGUGGUCUGCGGUGCGGGGCGGGGGCGGCCCCGAGGAGGAGGGGGACGGGGCUGCUGGCGAGGAGGAGGAUGAUGAUGAUGAGGAGCAGGACCCGCCGGCGGGGGGCUCGGCCCUUGGCUUCAGCUCGGACUCCACCGAUAAUUUCGAGACGCCUGAAGCACAAACGCCGGCCUGCUCGCCCCUCAAGGAGUUCUGUGAGCCCCCGGGAUCGCCAGAGCCUGAGGCCAGGAGCCAAGAGCCAGGUGGCCGUGGUGACCUGCUGGUAGGGGAAGCCCACUGGGACAGCUCGCCUGGGAAGGACCCCAAAGAUGAGGCCCAGCCAGAGAUUGGAGCCCCUACAGCCAGUUUGGAUGCUAAAGGGGAAACUGAGCCCAACAACUCACCCCUGAUGCAGCCCUUGGGCUGCCAGGCUGACCCCGGGCACUCUGCUGGGGAGCCUGUGCCCCAUGUGGGCACUGCCACCAUGCCAGCAGGGGACACUGGCAUGGGGCUGCUAGAGCUGAGGGGUGAUGCCCUGGGCCAGGAGCAGCUCGGGAAAGGGAAAACACCUUCAAUGGGGAGGAAAACAGAUGAAACCACAGAGGAGACCCAGCUUGAGCAGCACGAGAGGAGUGUGAGCCCCUGCCAGCUGCAGAGCUCUGCCCCAGCAGCCCCACAACGCCUCCCCCAUCCCGGUGAGCUGGGGGGGGACACGGCUCUGGAUGCCCCAGGGCAGGUCCUGAAACCUGGGGCUGAUUCUACAGAGAGUGUGGAGGCCAAGCCAGCUUCACCCAGGAGGGGCAGCAGGAUCCCAGCCAGCAAGCUGACACCCAGGAGACACAGAGAGUCCCCCAAGAGAGCAGCUGAGGAUGCAGAGAGGGGUCCCACAGAGCCACCCCCAGCCCGGGGCUCCUCCCAGCUGGCUCCCAGCCUCAGCUCUCUCAGUGGCAGCUCAGCACUGCAAAACUCACCAGUUCUCCCCAAGGGCUCUUACCAGUUUGACCCCAGUAACUUUGACUCCAUGGAUCCAUUCAAGCCCACCAAGACUCUUGCCAACAGUGACCCUGACUCGUGCUCCACUGCAGACAACAGCCUCAAUGAAAUCCUGGAAUCUCAGACCCUGGAGCUGCAGGAUGAUGCCCUGAAAAGCAGAGACUCCCCCAAGAAGCCCAAGUCACGCCUGAUAACGACUACUGAGCAAGUGAAAUUUCUCUGUUUUCUGUUGAGUGGAUGCAAGGUGAAGCAGCACGAGGCGCAGCAGCCCCUGGUCCUGGACAUCAGUGCUCAGGAUGAAGGAGUGUUGAUCUCAGAGAUCCCAGACAUUACAAACCGGGAUGGCCGUGCCACUGAUGAGGAGAAGUUGGCCUCCACCACCUCCACACAGAAACCAGCGGGGCUGGAGAAGAAAGCUGAGGCAGAAGAUGACCUGGAGUACUUUGAGUGCUCCAACGUGCCUGUGUCCUCAGGGAAGCACAGACCAGAGGCAGGUUUUGAAAAGGAGCUCUGCAAGCAGAUGGAAAAGGGAGGGCCUGGCAUCUUCCCCGACAAUCCCGGGCUGUGCUCCAUGGACAAGUGCCCCAGCGUGAGCAGCAGUGACAGUGCCCUGGCUGGCAUCUGCCUCAGCGAGUCUGAGAAGGCAGCGGUGCUCACGCUCAUCAGAGAGGAGAUCAUCACCAAGGAGCUCGAGUCCAACGAGUGGAAGAAGAAAUACGAGGAGAGCCGGCAGGAGGUGCUGGAGAUGAGGAAAAUCGUGGCAGAGUAUGAGAAGACCAUUGCCCAGAUGAUAGAGGAUGAGCAGAGGACCAACAUGACAUCUCAGAAGAACCUGCAGCAGCUCACCAUGGAGAAGGACCAGGCUCUGGCAGACCUGAACUCAGUGGAGAGGUCCCUGUCGGAUCUGUUCAGGAGAUAUGAAAACCUGAAGGGCGUCCUGGAAGGAUUUAAGAAGAAUGAAGAAGCUCUGAAGAAAUGUGCUCAGGAUUACCUGACCCGUGUCAAGCAGGAGGAGCAGCGCUAUCAGGCCCUGAAAGUCCACGCAGAAGAAAAAUUGGACAAAGCCAACGAGGAGAUCGCCCAGGUGCGCGCCAAGGCCAAGGCGGAGAGCGCGGCGCUGCACGCGGCGCUGCGCAAGGAGCAGAUGAAGGUGGAGUCCCUGGAGAGAACCCUGCAGCAGAAGAACCAGGAGAUCGAGGAGCUGACCAAGAUCUGCGACGAGCUGAUAGCGAAACUGGGAAAGUCAGACUGAGCUCAGCACCCCCUCCUCACCCAGCACUCUGCACUUGGCUGCUUCUCUCGUGACCUUGAGCACCUUGCCUUACCCCUGGAGUCCCUGCAGGAAAGCUCCCGUGUCCAGCUGCCCCUUGGCUGCCACACCUGUGGCUCCUGAGCAGGGCUGCUCCCCUCUCUGUGUCUGUCUGCUUCCCACAGCUCCAGGCUGGGAUCCCUGCAGUCAGCCUGGGAAUCAUCCUGGGCUCAGCUUGGGAAUCAUCCUGGGCUCAGCAUGGGAAUCAUCCUGGGCUCGCCUGGGAAUCUUGGGUUUAGUCUGGGAAUCAUCCUGGGCUCAGCUUGGGAAUCCUGGGUUUAGCCUGGGAAUCGUCCUGGGCUCAGCCUGGGAAUCAUCCUGGGCUCAGCUUGGGAAUCAUCCUGGGCUCAGCAUGGGAAUCAUCCUGGGCUCGCCUGGGAAUCUUGGGUUUAGUCUGGGAAUCAUCCUGGGCUCAGCCUGGGAAUCAUCCUGGUCUCAGCUUGGGAAUCAUCCUGAGCUCAGCCUGGGAAUCCUCCUGUGCUCAGCUUGGGAAUGAUCCUGGGCUCAGCCUGGGAAUCAUCCUGGUCUCAGCCUGGGCCUGUGUGUCCCUCUCUGGGCCUGUGUGUCCCUCUCUGGGCCUGUGUGUCCCUCCCAGGGCGUGCUGCCCUGUCCCUCUGCACCUCUCAGGUGGGAGGUGACACCCUGGGCUCUGUCCCCCGUGGCUGGGCUGUGUCCCCACUGCACUCUCUGUCCCUGAUUGUCCCCAUGGGCUCAGCAGAGCAGGUCCAGCCACUGGUGGGUCCUGCCCUGGGACUUAGGGGGUGGCAGGGAGGGACCUGCAGGCUCCUGCACUGGGUUUGGCUGGUCUCUCUGGUUGGUGGGUGAAGCACAGCACAGCCUCUCCCUGCCCCUGGCAGUGCCAGCUUCAGAGGAAGGGAGCUGACAUCUCUGCAUUCGUGCACUUUAUGAGCAUUUAUGGGCGCUUGGGCUCUCUGCUCACUCCUUCCAGUCAGGCAGGACUUGUUCCCCCCAGAGCAGUCACACAGCCUGCAGUACAUUCAGGUGAGGGGAGGCAGGAGGUUUCUGCACCAAGAGGUGUUUGAGAAGCAAACAGAUGCUUCUCAAAUGGAGGUGUUGGUUCUGGAGGGCUGGGAGUGCCCAUCCAUCCUCCCUGUGCCCACCCGGGGCCCUGUCUGUGAUUCCUGUGCCAUGCUGAGAUCAGGGCUCCCUUUCAGAGGAAGGAGCUGAACCCUGAUGUGCCUCUGGGUGCUGCAGUGGUGCAGGAUUCUCUGCCUUGAAUGGAUAGGUGUGAAAUAAGGGAAAUAUUUGCAGUUUGGACUGUUUCCUGCCCAGCCUGUUGAACACUUUCACAAACCUUUUUGCUGCUACCUUUUUGUAACAGAAUUGAGCUCUUCUCCUUCUAUUUUCUAAUUCCCCGUGUCGAGCAUGCAGAGCAAACAGCUGUUUAAGCCAGAGCCAUACACUUGAUUAUAUUUUAUUAGUUAUAUAAUAUAGAGAGAGUUUAUUCUACACUUAAGCAAAGGUGUCAGCAGCCUCCCCCAGCACACAGCUCCAGUUCUCCAUGUUCUUCCCUGUUCCCCAGUUAUCCCAGUGACAGACUGGUCAUGGAAACCAGUGGCUGACCCCACUCAAAGCAGUGCACCUGUUGCUUGUGCUGGAUAUUCACCCCUUGCACAGCUGGCAGAAAAGAAAAUCCCAUUUUUCCCCUUUCUUUUUAACCCCCUUGACCUCCCCACAUGUCCCUUCCUGGGCUGGUGAAAAGCCUUCAAUCCUAUGAUCAACAAGGACUAUUCCUGUUCCCAUUUGGGAGUCUGUGCAGGUAAAGCAAACCCCUGAAACCCUGAGAUUUCUGGGGCAGAAAUGGCUUUUUUCUCUUGAGGAAGCAGAGUGCAGCAUUGCAUCACCUCUUAGAGCUGCUCCAGGGCUGGUUU